GGCAUGACCUACUACAUAUUCUGGGACACGAUGGUGCUGAUACGUCGCAUAGUCAACCACUACAAGUGGCGGAAAGUCUCACUGAUUGGCCACUCGCUGGGCGGAGCAGCGGGCUUUCUCUACGCCGGCGCCUUCCCGCAGGACGUCGACAAACUCAUAUCCAUUGACAUCGUGUGCCCCCGAAUUGCUCGAACCGAAGUGCUCAUGAAGCAGGUGCCCCGAUUGUAUUGA